AUGGCAUCCUCCCUAAACAGCGAACAGGACUUUCUCACUUGGAAACAAUUGGGCUACACGGAUAAACGCUGCGAUCUCGAUUCUAUUCUUUGCCACUCCUCGCCCUCGAAAAGGUAUUUCCGGACUUUCUGGCUGCUGAAGCACCACUCCUGGACCAGUACUGAAAGCAUAUCGCGACUCAAAGUGGAUGGAAGGCACUCCAACAACUCGACAUUAUUUCCAUCAAGUCCUUCCUAUCAGUCAAACAUGCUAAGGAGAGGUGUCUUUCAGAUAGUUUGGAGUAGCUUUCAAGCUCGGUGCUGCAAAAUACAAGCUGCUUUUUGCCCCUGGAAAGUCAGGAUAUGA